UGUAUGAAAAUCCAUCCUUCAUCCUGUCUAUAUUUUUAUUUACUCUGCCAAAAAAAGCUAACAAACACAGUUCGUCUGUGAAAAUUUCUCCGUAAAAAUCAAAAGAAAUACAAAAGAAAAUAUUAUUAAACUAGACCGAAAAAAAAAACAAGGAAAACUGUGACAUUUGAAUGGCGACUCCAAGUCUAACAAACAAAUAACCUUAUUAGAAUAUUGUGAUGUGUUUUUGAUUAUAUUUGAAAUAAAGGACAACAAAAAGGAUAAGGGUUAAAUUUGAUAUUUAAGUGAAAGUGUGUCCAUUUGUCCUGAAUUGUUAUUUGAAAUUCUGGUUAUUCAUGAAAAAUCAAGAAAAAAUAACAACAACAACAGAAAACAGGAGAGAAAAAUAAAUUAAAAUUUGGCCAAAAUCGUCCUUAUGUGUUAAUAAGUGUGCUCGAGGGAGAGAAAGUGCAUGCCACCCACCCUAUACUUCCACCCUUAACCCAAUACAACAACCACCUCAACCGCACCACCACCAAAAUAUAGAACUUCGUAGUCGUAUUCGUAGUCGUCGCCACAUGAAAAUUCUGUUAUUGAUUUUUCCUGAUUCCGUUUGCAUUUCCGUCAUUGAGACGUGUGUUCGUUCAUUCGUUCAUUCGUCCUCGUGUCCUGUGGCACUGCUAGUUAUAAAAGAAGCUCACAGUAGUUAGUCGCAGCAGUAAGCCAUAUAUAGUACAUCAAGUGGAAAUUGUCAAGCAAUUAUUAGUUGAGAGUGUAUUUCAAAUAAAACACAAAAAAAAAGAAACAAAAACAAAAGUUCAAGGAUUCUCGUGUUAUAACAACGUAUCCUAUCAGGAUCACACCAUCUCUCUCUAAACACACACACACACACUAUACACAGCAUCCUCUCCAUUGUCAUCGAAAUAAAAUCUCGAUACGAUUCGCUUCAAUUCGGUUCGGUUUGAUUUUGUGCUCGUCGUCGAAUAUUCCGGCCUGUAGGCAGUUUUCAAGUGUAUAAUCCUCCUGCUAGUGUGUCCUUUACACAAAACCAGCAACAGCAUCCUUGUUUUUAUUCAAGUGGUUGUGGUACUAGAUAUGCGUUGUCGUCGCCGUGGAUGCAUUGUGAUGUAAGGAAAUGUCAUCAUCAUGAUAUUAUUGACAUUUGCCUAGAGAGAGUGCACAAGAUCCUUCCCUCCCCCACUCCAACCUCGCGUCCUUUGCCAAACUGAAACCCCACAGCCAAACAAGGUGUCAAGUGAAUCAAGUGAGCGUGUGUGUGUGUGUAUAUUUAAUUAUUAAUUCCUCGCGGCGCUCCAUCAGCGGCGAAUAGUGCGGAGCGGCGAAUUCAUCUCAAUUUGCAUUGUGGCCUCCGCCGUAAGAGGAGGAGUGAGUGUCCUUGGAAUUAGUCAAGAUUAUGUACCUAAAUCGGAGCCCCCCAAGUCAUAAGAAACCAUUGUUGGGGGGCUCCACAGAAAGCUUGACAAAGUACAACAAAUCGGGCGUUACAUCCGGCAAAUUGCAUCAUCAUCACCAUCAUCAUCAUCAUCAUCAACAUCAGCAUAAUCAAAUAUCCGGUUCGUCCUCGUCAGCAGCGACGACAUUGUCAACAUCAGCUUCUUCUAUGUAUUCAAGUUCAUCGACAACUAAUCUGAUGGCGGGGUCUGGAAGUGGAUCGCAUUUGGGUGGCAAUGUGCAUCCACAUUCGCAUUCGCGUGUCAAGCGCAACAAAAAGAAUUCGUGGGGCGCCCGAGAACGGGCCGGAAUGAGUUUUUUAAUUGUUAUUGCUUUCUUCGCGGUCUUUGGGUUAAUUAUUCUAACAGAGCUCUUCAUGAUCGACGAAAAGAGCCACGGAGGAAUGGUUGUGCUGAGGCAUGGAAAUCUUGGCAGCCGUUUGGGCGAUUCGCUGCCAGAUUAUGAUAAUGUAAAGGAGGAUUACGAUCUCCUGGAUGGCAGUUUACUAAUGAGUGAUAAUAAAUUAGGAAUAUUUCAAUUUCACAGUGACAAUAAGUUAAAAAUACACGAUCGUCUAUCAAUGGGCAUUUCGAAUGCAUUAAACGACGACGACACAAACAGCAACGAAGGUGCCAACGCAGCCGCCGCUCGACAAGCAGUGAUGGGUGGACCCGGAAACGGUGCCAUAGGUGCCGGAGUGGGUGGUCAGGGUGUUGGUGCUGGCGCUGGAGCCGGUGCCGGUAUUAACAACGUUCAGGCAAUCCCAUGGGGCAAAAUGCUACCCGAGAAAAUUGAACAGACCCUGCCCCACUAUCCAAUUGGAAUGCGGCCAACAGAUGGCUCCUGGCAAGUUGUCAACGGGACACGUUUCAAAUUCUUUGUCUUCUCGGCCUACUACGACCGGCGGGACGGAGCCAAGCUGGUGCGAGUUAUUGGAGCGACAAAGACCCGCGGCCCGGAGCGAGUGUGGUGUCGCUUCUGGUACACUUACCGUGAUGCAAACAAUCACACGAGAUACAAUUCAGCAACGGUGAUGGCUCGAGUAAAGGUAAUACGAGAGAACUGGAAUCUCAAGUACAGUGCAUGCUUUGUCCUGUGUCCCCUACGGACAGCCGAACUGAAUGUGCCCCAAUCCGUGAGUAUUGUUAGCCGACUGCGAGCACCGCCGGGAAAUAUACUACGAGUCCGGAAUACCGAUCAGGAUCCAGAUUUCACGAAUCGUACCGCGACGUCUCCAUCAUCAUCGUCAUCAUCAACGUCGUCGUCAUCGUCAUCGUCAUCACCUGUCGACCAGAUUGCCGAUAAGAUAGCUAUUUGUGUCAAACCGUUUCACUUCAAUUACGACCAAGCUUUGUAUCUGAUGGAGUAUCUGGAAUUCAACUCCCUGCUGGGGGUGUCACACUUUACCUUCUAUAAUCACACCCUCGGCAGUCGUGCAACAUGUGUCCUCAAUCACUACAUCGAAGGUACCAUACCCGCCAAUCUAACCGCUGCAGAUGCAGAUAAACCUGAAUUUCUUGUUAAAGAAAGCUCAACGCCUGAUGAUGCAAGAUCAUCUCAUGGCGCAAAUAACACACGAAAAUACGAAAGCACCUACACUAAGCCAACCGUUACUAUACUCCCAUGGGAUCUAAGGAUGCGUUCCCAAAAGGAGAUACGCACCGAGGGUUUGUUUGCAGCCCUUAAUGAUUGUUUAUAUAGGAACAUGUACAGAUAUAGAUAUCUAGCCCUGGUGGAUUUGGAUGAAUUUAUAAUACCACGGCAUGGGGAUACAUUAAAUGAAUUAAUUAAUUGGUUAGAUAAGAGGUAUAAGAAUCGUAAUGCGGGCGCAUAUUCGUUCCAGAAUGCGUUCUUCUAUUUGCAAUUCCAAGACGAUCCAUGGUUGUAUGACACGAAGAGUGCAAAUCAGAGAUUACGAGCUGCACUAGUGACACAGAGAAAAACAAGAAGACGCUCAAAACUCCAUCCUCAAAAACAACGCUCAAAAUACAUAUGCCGCCCCGAAACAGUCGUUGAAGCUGGAAAUCAUUUUGUUUGGGAGUUCUCACCUGGAAAGGGUUCCUUGAAUGUUCCACCAGAUGCGGGAAUAUUGCAUCAUUAUAGGGUCUGUGAAUUUGGUGGCAAUGAUUGCAUAAAAUCCCCAUCAAUUGUUGAUCGAACAGCAACACGAUAUGUGAAUCGUUUAGUUGAACGUGUCGAAUCAGUUUACAACUAUCUGAAAAAACCAUGUGAUUUACCCGAUUUACCCUUGAUCCCGGAAAAGCCACCACCUGAACCCGUCAACGAGCCCAAAUACAAGCCAAUCAUCCGCAAAGAUGACAAAUCUAAUAUUCGAGUUCAUCCAAAGCUUUACAAUAAAAUACCAAAAGACGAAGACAACGAUACAAAUAAUAAUGAUUUAACGAACCUAAAUGCAGCAUCAAUCCCAUCAGAAACAGCGGCAGCAGUAGCACCUUUACCUGAAAAUGAAGCACCACCCCCAACAGAAAUCAAACGAAAAGUUAUUGUUUUCGAACAAGAUUCGAAUGGCCAGACAAAAGUUAGAGUUAAAUAUGUUACUUAAUUUUAUGUGCAUUUUAGCAGUUACACAGAAUAUUUUUUUUGUUUUUUUUUUUUAUUUAUAAUUGACGAUUUCUAUAUAUUUUGUAAUACUCUCAUAUAAGAAAAAAAUAAAUAAAUAAAAAAGAAAAUUUAUUAAAAAAAAAUAUAUAUUAAAAAUACAAUAAAACCGCAUUUGGCAUGAUGAGAUUCAUUAAUUUAUCAUUAAACAUAUCAUGCGUCUGAUUCAUGCCUGAGUUAUAGAAAGUAAGAAUAAAUCUAUUUAGAGCUGCUAUACAUUAAUAGCAAAAAAUAAUAGAAACAGACUAUAAGAAAGACAUAGAAAAAAUAAUUCACACAUACACAAAGAAACCUUACAGAAAAAUAAAUUGCUUACUGACAAAAUUGCCCCAAAAACACAAAAUAAUAGAAAACAAUUUUUUUUUAUAAAUAAAAAACGAAAUCUCGAAAUAUUUUUUUUUCUUUUCUUAUUCUCUCAGUCAGUAUAUUAAAUGCUUGUAAACAAAAUUAUGAAUUAAAUAAAACAGAUCUAU